AAGGGACGUGCGCGUGCGCUCACUUCCUCCGCAGCUCCUGCUUCUCCUCGCUGCCUCCGUGUUGAUAGCGGCUUCUGCUUUCACACGUGCACUCUCUUCUAUGUGAAGCUCCCUUCUCGAAAAAAAACCGGUUAUAAAACACAUCCUGGUCUGUCGGAAGAGGUGUGAAGCCAUAGUAACCGACGACCAUGGGGGCUUAUCUGUCGCAACCUAACACGACCAAGACCUCUUCCGAUGGCGGCAACGGCAACAUGAGCUACGGCUUCUCUGCCAUGCAGGGCUGGCGCGUCUCCAUGGAGGAUGCCCACAAUUGUAUCCCAGAGUUUGAUGCGGAGGAGACGGCCAUGUUUUCUGUGUAUGAUGGACAUGGAGGUGAGGAGGUGGCUCUAUACUGUUCAAAGUACCUUCCUGGCAUCAUCAAGGAGCAGAAGACCUACAAAGAUGGCAAACUUCAAAAGGCUCUGGAGGAAGCCUUCUUGGACAUCGACCGCAGAAUGACCACAGAGGAUGUUAUUAAGGAGCUCGUCCAGAUCGCUGGGCGUCCCACUGAGGCGCCGCCCGCUGCAAAGGUGUCCGAGGAGGAUGAUUUGGACACAGAGGAGGCAGCUUUACUCCAUGAAGAAGCCACAAUGACCAUAGAGGAGCUGCUGGUACGCUAUGGCCAGAACCUCAAUGCUGUCAAACAUGCAGCUGCCAUCAGUGCGGCUGCUAAGAAAGCGGCCUCUUCGAAGCCCGAGGUCUUGGAAGACAAAGAGGAAGGUGGGAAAGGACAGGAGGAGGGGAUAAAUGGAGAGGUAGAGGAGAGCAACAGGAAGGGGGAAAAAGGCCAAGGAGCGGAGUGCGGGUCGAAGCUGCGAGUCUGUCGGAGAACAGGCGAGGACGCCAGUGGUCCAGCCGCUGACUGUGGAGGUUCAGGAAGCGCCAAUGGAGAAGAAAAGGCUGGCAAGACGGAAGGAGACGCAGGUCCCUCCUGCUCCUCUUUGGCCACUAAGGAGGCAGGAGAUUCCAAGUCCAGAUUUUUUGAUGACAGUGAGGAGUCUGGGGAGGGAGAAGAGGAGGGCAGUGAUGAAGAGGAGGGCAGUGAAAAGGAAGAGGGGGACAGCAGUGAGAUGGAAGAAGAGAAUUCAGAGGGCGAGGAAGACUCUGAAGAUGAGGAGGAAGAGGAGAUGUGCCUACCUGGAAUGGAUGGCAAGGAGGAGCCCGGCUCAGACAGCGGCACCACAGCUGUCGUGGCUCUGAUCCGAGGAAAACAGCUGAUCGUGGCCAACGCUGGAGACUCUCGCUGCGUGGUGUCCGAGUGCGGCAAAGCUGUCGACAUGUCGUACGACCACAAGCCAGAGGACGAGGUGGAACUCGCUCGCAUCAAACAUGCUGGAGGGAAAGUGACCAUGGAUGGACGGGUCAACGGGGGACUUAACCUCUCCAGAGCUAUCGGCGAUCACUUCUACAAGAGGAACAAGGCUCUGUCCCCAGAGGAGCAGAUGAUUUCUUCAAUGCCCGACGUCAAAGUUCUGACCCUCAGCGGGGACCACGACUUCAUGGUCAUCGCCUGCGACGGCAUCUGGAAUGUGUUGAGCAGUCAGGAGGUUGUGGACUUCGUCAGCGAGAGGAUCAAACCCGACGAGAGCGGCCAUGUCCGACUCCUCUCAUCUAUUGUGGAAGAGCUGUUGGACCACUGUUUGGCCCCCGACACAUCUGGAGACGGGACAGGAUGUGACAACAUGACCUGCAUCAUCAUCACCCUCCGGCCGCACCCAUCUCCUGGUCAACCCGACGACAAGAAGAAGAGGAAGCACCAGGACGAGGCGGAGGGAGCCGCCGAGCCAGAGAAGAACGAAAACAACAGCAAGAAGGCCAAAAGCGACUAGCGGCAAAGAGAAACUGUCCCAGAGGGAGCAGCUGGUCCUGGACUACCCAGAGAGCAUUCUGUUUAAUCCUAGCCUCACACACAGGAAUUCACCCUGAAGCAUCUAUUGCGAUCGCGAUAGGUUCGAUCGGCUGAACUAAGAUCAGUUUAGUUAUUUGUCCUCCGUUUUCAGCCGACUCUCACUUUAACUCCCCCUCCGGUUUCUGGGCUUUCGCACGGAGCUGGAAAGAAGCUGGACACAAGUUUCCUUCCUAAAUUUAACGAAACCGACUCGGAAGACGUGUUGAACAGCACAUAAAUUCCCACGCAUUUGUAACUAAAUCAAACGACGCUGCAGAACAACGCGGUCUACCACACGGUCGCUGCUCUCCGUUAUUGAGAUCUUUUCCCACACACGGCAGUUUCCCCACUUUGUUUUCGUAGAAAUUUGAAGGUGGCGUCCGGCCUCCGAUUCGGUGCGUCUCCAUUGCAGUUUUGCGACAUGUAACCGCACAACGCCCUCUGUGUGUUGUGGUCACAUUACACGGCAUUCAUUGUAUCUCAAAGUGCCAUACAAUUCCUUUUUUUUUUUUGUAAUAUCAUAUCCUCAAAUUAGGGACCCCAAAUGGCUGCAGAGACAUUUGCAUUGCAUAGAGGUAACUAGAAAAAGGGAUUGAAUGAGAGAAUAUUAUUGUCUUUUGGAGCCCAACUCUAAAGAUGCAGCAGGAGUGCGCCUGUUGGUCCAGUGUGACGUUGAAUGUGUUGCUUCCCUGGUUCAGUGAGCAACAGGGACCAACGGUCAUCAUCCUGUUGCUCUUGUGUGCCAUUUUAUAUGCGUUUCCCCCCAAUUGGCCCCAUUCACAAGUGGGGAUGCCUAGUUCAGUCUCGCUGGUCACCAACAAGACGUCACCAUCUUUAGCCUUUUCCCCCCCCAUUCCUGCUUCGUGUCUCUCAGAAUGUACAUUUCCAAAGUAACGGCCAGGGUUUUGUGCGCGUGUGUACUUGUCAUCUGUAGGAUCUGAUGGCGGGGAAACAGGAAGUGACAUCGAGCUUCGUUUCCUUUCACGUCUCGCUUUUCAUUGAAGCCCUGGGCUGACCAGGACUGCACCGGUCUCGUCUCUCCCUGUUUUCUAUUGUACGCUCUUUUUUAAGAUCAUCUUUAGGAAAGGGUAUUUCCAGUCUAAUGUUAUUUUUUUCCCCCUUUUUUUUUGACGCUUCAGUUAUUGGCAUUUAAUUUCUUUGUCGCAAAACAUUUUUUGUGAGCACACGCCCCGACGCUGAAACCGUAGGACAACUUUUGAGUGGAAAUGCAAUCUGAAGUUCAGAGUGUGAAGACAGUAGCUGUUCAGAAUAAUUGUCUUUAUUUGCAGGAGCUUCAUCGACAUUAAACCACAACGUGUGACUGUACGGUUGUUUCUAGUGUACCAUCUUGUCACCAUGCCCUUUUUUUUUUCUGUACAAAGUUUUUUCAAUACUUGUAAUUGGAGAAAAAGAAAAUGCUUUUUCUUUGUAUUUGUGAGUUAAUGUGACAUUUUUGGUGCAUACUCUUUUGACACCAGUAUGUAAGUACAUACAAAUAAAUUUUUUUAAAUAAUGAGAA